AUGGCAUCCGACGCUUCCGAGAUCACUCAUCUGCUCAAGCGAGAGCGCUACCACCGCGAUACAGCCCAGUGGACGCUGUGCCGCGACGCCUACCACCCGGACCCCCAGCAGACCUUCAUCGACGUUUCCUGGUUCCAAGGCGACAUCGACGCCUUCCUGCAACGGUCGGCGCAGGUGCACCCCGGGCGCGUCAACGUGGUGCACUCAGCCUUCGACCCCGUCGACAUUCGAAUCCGUGGCCCCCGCGCCACGAGCGAGGCCUUCUGCACCAUCACCAGCGGCAUCACAUUGGCCGGCGUCGACUACGAGCUGGCCUCGUAUAUGCGGCUUGUGUCUCGGCUGCAGAAGCUGUCUGACACGGGCGCAUGGCGAAUCGUGCGCCUCGAAGCUAUCUACGUGCGCGACCGGCUGGUUUGCUGCUUCCCUGGAGCUGAUGCUGCAGCGCCGCUGGCCAUGCCGGACGAGGUUCGUGCGUAUCCGCGACCCUACCGCCACAUGGCGUUCGUGAUGCUCAACCGGGGCCUGAAGCCUCGCGUGGAUUUGCCGCAUGAGGACGACCAGGAGAGUGUUCGCCGGGUGCUGGAGGGGAAUGCUGCGUUCCUGGAGGGUGCUGGAUACGAGGCUGCUGGAUACGAGGCUUAG